GGCGGAUAGGUCACUAACCUACGAUACUUUUUUCAAACAACUACGCUAUUUUCAAAAUGUGUCUACUACGUUUUAUGCAAUACUUAAUACAACCCAUGACUCAUGUACUCUCACGCUCAUUUCCAAUUGGAGCGCUUUUCAACAUUACAAAGCUUUUAUCUAUAUGCACAAUUUCAACAUACACCGCGUGGUGAAUAUCUUUAGCGAACGAGAUGCAAAAGCAAACGCAACAAAACUCGUAUGACAGCGAGUUGUAGUUGUUGUGUGUGUUCAGUUCAUUUAAGAAUUUUGUUAAAUUAACAUAAAAAUUUCGCAGUUCCACCGUAGACUAGUUUGAGGUGAAGUGAAAACGUUAAAUACACUCGUUUAAAGUGUAAUAAACUAAAUAACGUUUGUAAAAACAAAGUAAUUAACUGUUUCGCUAAAAGCCGGAGUAUUUAUUAACAUUUUAAAUUGGCAAACGCAGCUUUUAAUUCGGCGUUUCGAUUCAGUGAUAUUCGUUAUCUGCAUUAGUGAAAGUACGUUGGCCAAGUUCAAGGACACGCACGUAGAGCGUGCGAUACUAAGAACCAGAGUAGCAACAAAUAUUUUACAAAAACAACGAAUAAGUGAAUAUUGUGUUAGAAUAUAAACGACGCAGUAUACAUACAACGAAAGGAACGAAAAAAAAAUAACAAGAGUUUCAGCAACAGCAACAAUAAGAAUAACAAGAAAAUUAACACAAAACAACAACAGCAACAUUUUAACUCGUUAAUGGAAUUCGCAAUUUUCAUCGUACAGUGACCUGUAAGCAUCAACAAAAAAAAGUUGAAACUCAAAUCAAACUUACACCUACCCUCCAGACAGCACAACAACAACACACGCUGCAGCACCCCGCUUGUGCGACCCCUUGAAAAUUUACAACAACAAGAAAAAUUAUACAAACAAACACAGUUGUGUGUGUGCGUCUGCGAGCGUUGUUUGCGUAUUUGCGCGAAUUAACAGUGCUUUUAAGUGCAUAUAGACAACCCUGUCGUUGCUUUGUGUGUGCGCGCGUGUGUUUGCAUGACUCCCACGUGGGCGCAAGGACAAACAUCACAUAACACAGGAUCAUUCAACUUGUAACAACAGAGCAAUUGCGAAUAUUUCAGCAAGUUUUUUAUUGCUUUGGAAAAAAAAUAAUAACAACAACAACAUUUCAUACACCCGCACCGCCCAACAGCUGUCAUUGAAGCAACGCUCUUGCAAUUGGCUAGCAGCCUUCUUUCGUGUUUUGUUGUGCUUUUUGUUCUUAAACCCCAGACUGAGAGUCGGUCAGCAGCUGUGCGGCAAGUCAAUUGCGUAGCAAUAUUGUCUCUCUCUCCGGUUGUGGUGCGGUGUGUGCCCAAUAUAGUGCAGGCGUGCAAAAACAAAGCCCCAAAAGAGCUUUUAAUUAAUUGCGGGCAAUUGCGAUUUAACCGAGUGAGUGGUGAAGAGAACGUUUGUGUGCGACGUGUGGACAAAUACAUACAUACAUAUAACAACAACAAAAGUAAAUCCAUAAAACAAUUUGUUGUAGCAGAACGACUGCAGUAAAAGCCAGAAACAAUUACAAAUUGCGACAACCCAAAUCGGGAAGGACUUGUACGACUCAUAAAGCUACGAAGAACGCAAAAAUAAUAGAUAAAUAAAUAUAAAUAUUUAUAGUUUAUUUCGAAUCGGACUAAAUUAAAGAAGAAAAGUCAAAACACCAACGUACGAAUUAACCUCCAAUUCAAGGCAAAGCGCAGCGGCGGCUGCGUCGACACUGAAAGUCGAUUGUCACAGUUAGUCUGUGACAUUUCACACACUUUGCGGGGGUCGGAGGGUAGGGGUGAUACGUGGGUGCAGGAGUCGUGCACACACACAACGGUGAAUUGUUUCAUUAAAACUACCGUUAGCUAAAACUUCACGACGGCUCAAAAUGAUAUCGAACAAGAAAUCGUACGCCAUGAAGAUGCUACAGCUGGCAUUGGCCUUGAGUUUGCUGCAUGUGGAUCCAGAUAACUUCUUGCAGCAACGUCUACGCAAUUGGGAUUCACAGUUAGAGCUGCGCGAUGGCGAUGGCUGGGAAUUGGAAAUGUUGCGCGCUGUGCCGAUGGUGGAGUAUCCCUAUGCGAAUCGUAAAACUAUGAUGCCACUAAUAGAGGAUCUCAUACGCUACGAUCGACAACACGACGCCACACCGCCGCAAUACAAUGUCACCGCCUACAUGCUGAAUGUGCAAAAUGAUGGUGGCACCAAUCAGACAGCCACACUACCGGAGCUGCAGGCAACGACGAGUACGACAUCGAGCGCCGGUGGUAGUGUGAAUGUGGCUGGCGCUGCUGCCUUGGAGCAGGCCGCUAAUGCCGCGGCGGCUGCGGCGGCCGCCAGCACGAAUGCCAGCAAUAUGGGUUUGCCCGCAUCGGAGUUGGAUGUGUUUCUCAAUUCGGAAAACUUUCAAGAUCAACGUUCGGUGUGGGAGCAAAACUUAGCCGAUUUGCGUGACUUUGGCGAUCUUGCCGUCAACAAUCCGUACGCUGGCUUGCCGCUCAAAGAUGAACCCAACAACAAUACCUACAUUGAUGUCAAUUUGGAUAUGUUCUUUCCGAGUUUUGCAAGCGCAGCAGCAGCUGGCGCCGUCGUGAAAGAGGAAACAGUCGGCGCGGGCGCAUUAAAUGAUACUUUUCCCGAACCGGCAGAUAUUGCUAGCAUUAAAACCGAACAGCUCGACAAAGAGGAGACGGAAUUUGCGCUCGACAAUGAAGUGGCAACUUCCUCAAGCGCCAGCAGCGACGAAGCAGCGCCCAAGAUUAAGAAAGAACCGGAAAGUGCCGAUGAUAACGCGCAAGCGGCGUCAACUGAAGAAGUGGACUUGAGCCCAUUUAUCAGCCAAAUGGAUUUGUUGAAAGAGGAGAGCGAAAUUAUCGAUGUGCUCUGGAAGCAAGAUGUCGAUUUGGGUUUUCAAUUGACACCACCGCAUCUAUUGAAUGCAACCGCUAAUAACGGUGCAGGUACAGGCGCCGAUGACGAUAUUGAGAAGUUGAAAGCGCUGAAAGAGCUUAAAUUAGAUAAGCCAAGCUUUGAAGGCAAAGAUGUGGGCGAUGAUGCUGGCGAUGAUGAAUGGGCUGGAAUACCCUUCACUGUGGACAAUGAAACUGGUGAAUAUAUACGUUUGCCAUUGGACGAAAUUCUUAACGACGUAUUACAAUUGGCUGAAUUCGGUAAUAUUAAUAGCGAGUGCUCAAACGAUUCUGUCGCCUCGACAUCGAAAGCUGCGGCUGCCAAGACUAACAACAAUAACAACAACGACAAGACCAAAUCGGAAACUGGCGAAGACGAGAUAAACGACAACAACUACAACAACAACAGUGCUAUCAUAGAUAACGGCAAAGAAGAAGAUUUGCUUAAGAAUACAUUCGGUACAACCACUGACAACAACACCAAACACGAACAACAGGACAUCACCGAGGACGAUUAUAUUGACGAUUUCGAUCUAUCACUAUCGGAGAUCGAAGUCAAUUCAUUGCCAUCGCCACUUUUCGAUUUAGAUGACGAAGCACGCGAGGAACUAGCCGAUUUCGAUAUAAUGUUACAAUCAGCUGCAGCACCACCACCGCCAUUCCACCACCAUCAUCCGCAUCAACGCGGUGCCGGCAUGCAGGGUUACGUGGGCAGCGGCGCGAAUAGCGCCUUCCAUCGGCAAGCGAGCGGCUUCCAUCAUGGCCAUCAUCAGGGUCGCAUGUCGCUCAGUCGUGGUGUUUCGAUGGAACAACGCUUACAGGAUAUUGCCAGUUUCUUUAAUCCGAUAUCGAGCAUGGGUGUAGUUGGCGGUGUCUCCGAUAUGCCACCCUACCCGCACUAUCCUACACAUCCAUAUUCGUAUCAGAGCGCCGCUGGCAUACCAGCACCACCACAACAUGCACAAUAUCCACCGCCACCACCGCCGCAUCCACACCAUCACAGCCAUCAUGCUAUGUUGCACGCGAACGCCACAUUGGGUGACAUUUGUCCCACACAACCGCAUUAUGGCCACAAUUUGGGUUCAGCGGUUACUUCUAGCAUGCAUUUGACCAACUCCAGUCAUGAUACUGAUGGCGGUGCAGCUGCAGCGGCCGGCGCUGCUGGCAGCAAUGUGGGCGGCUACAAAAUGGAACACGACAUGAUGUACUAUACUAAUUCCUCGUCGGAUAUGAAUCACACCACUGAAGGAUUUAUUAACUCAAUUUUGAAUGAUGAAGAUUUACAUCUAAUGGACAUGAAUGACAGUUUCUGUCGUAUGGUUGACGUGAACAACAGCACAAGCAAUAAUUCGUCGGUACUCGGCGGCAGCGGUGGUCUUACGAACGGUCAUGCUGGUGUCGGUGGCGGUAGUGCCACAGGUUCGACUACAAACGGGCACGCAAUGAGCGGCGCUGGAGCUACGAAUAGUGCGCUCGCUGGCGGUAUGACAGCGGAUCUCUUGGGUUCGGGUGCUGCUGGCGCGAGCGCCGGUGGUGAUCGUUUGGACGCCUCCAGUGACAGUGCAGUCAGUUCGAUGGGUUCGGAGCGGGUACCAUCAUUGUCGGAUGGUGAGUGGGGUGAGGGUAGCGAUUCGGCGCAAGAUUAUCAUCAAGGCAAAUACGGCAGACCGUAUGACUAUAGUUACAAUAAUAAUAAUAAUCGCAUGAACGAUGGCACACGCCAACCGCCCGUGGCACAGAAGAAACAUCAAAUGUUCGGCAAACGUUUUCUCAAUGAACAACCCGGUUUAGGUGCGACGGGCACUAACGCGGACAAUGGCAGUAAUGUCGGUGUUGUGCCACCGGCAGGCACAAAUUCACUACUCAGUAUCGGACCAGCACAGUCGAUUAAAUAUGAAUAUGAAGCGUAUCCAACGGUGCCGGGUCUACAGCAAGGCGGCGCUGGCAGUGCUCUCAAUGCCGAAGGUGCUAUGGGACCAGUGCUAUCGAACAAGGAACAACAGGCGUACGAUUUGAAAUAUGGACCAGCUGUGGCGGGUGCAAUGGGUGGUUAUUCACUCGAUUUUGCACAACGUCCACCGCGCACACCGCACGAAGUCGUACAACACAAUCACACGUACACGCUGCCGCAGGGCACCGGCUCCAUGCCUCGGCCACAGGCACGUGACAAGAAACUCUCCAUCUCAUCGUCGAAGUCCUCUAAGUCCAUGAGCGAGGAGGAACAUUUGACACGCGAUGAGAAACGCGCACGCGCUAUGAAUAUCCCCAUAGCAGUGAGUGACAUCAUCAAUUUGCCCAUGGAUGAAUUCAACGAACGUCUCUCCAAGUACGAUUUGACCGAGAAUCAACUAUCGCUGAUACGCGACAUACGUCGACGUGGCAAAAAUAAGGUGGCCGCACAGAAUUGUCGCAAACGUAAGCUCGAUCAGAUACUCUCGCUGGAGGAUGAGGUGAAAGAGGUGCGUCGCCGCAAGGAUCAAUUGUAUUCGGAUCGCGACAGUCUCACAUUGGAGCGUAAGCGCAUAUCGAACAAGUUCGCGGCGCUGCACAGACACAUAUUCCAAUAUUUGCGCGAUCCCGAGGGCAAUCCCUGCACAACAUCCGAAUACACGCUGCAGCAGGCCGCCGAUGGCUCCAUUUACUUGCUGCGCAAAUCGGAUGCAGCAAGCGGUAGUGGCAACAUCAGCAACAGCAGCAGCACAAGCAGCAGCAGUAGCAGUAGUAGUAGCAAUGUGAGUACGCUGCUCAGUCAUAAUGGCUUGUCGCCGCAACAGCAGCAACAACAACAGCAACAUUCAAUGCUGGGCGCUGCGACGCAUUUGCAACAACAACAGCAAGCGUUGCAUCAUCAUCAUCAGCAGCAUGCGCAAGCGCAAACGCAACAACAACAGUUGUCCCACAUGCACCCACAGCAAGUGGCGCAGCAGCAGCAGCAGCAGCAGCAACAACAACAGCAGCAGCGGCAACAUUCUGCGCAUGCGCAUGCACACCAUCAUCAAACGCAUCAGAAAGAUUGAAAAUUGCUGUUGCAGCACUAUGCGAAUUGGUUUAAAAUGCAAAAGCAACAUCAGCAACAACAACAGCAGCAGCAGCAACAACAACAACAGCGUCAUCAACAACGUCAACACCAGCAUCAGCGUCAUCACUAUCGUUAUCAUCUUUAUCAGCAGCAACAACAACAACAACAGCAGCAGCAGUACAAAGAACAAAGCGCGCAACAACAAAAGUCGUCGUUAAAGCACUUGAAACAACAACAACAAGAACACAUG